GGCCUGCCAGGGGGUCAGCCAAAUUGUUGGGGGUUUGGAGGUGGCCAUGCAAGAUGUUUUGUGAUAAUCGAAUGGUGCGCAUAAUAAACAAUUAAAGUAAUAUAAUAACGAGGCGCGUCGUUUCGGCAGAUAUGCUCGAAUCGUUCGUGCAAACGGUCCGGAUCGGCAAGGGAAAAGCCUUUCACUCAAAACAUCCUUCUCACAUGCGAUAGGAAUUUUACGUCACAAAUUUUGAUUCGGGACGAAGUGUGCAGUGCCGCGUUCGAGGUUAUAACCAGAAAUUGGGACAAUGGGCUUUUGAGAUUCGCCUACGUUUCAUCGUUUAAUUAUCGCAUCAAACAAUUCCUGUAUAGUUUUGCUAUGCGAUAACCGAUUCGUUCUACGAUACGAGUUGUCUUGGUGAUUUUGUUGAAUACGUUGAUCGCGAAUGCGGUGCCCUACCCCGUUGCACUAUUUUUGUCUGUACGUUUUAUUUACACGUAUUUCUCUUGUUGCGUGUUUUCUUCGCCAAAUAUUUUGGCUAUCUUUGUAGCAGUUACGUAAUUUCCGACGUGAGUAAUUCCGGCACCAUGGCCGAUGAUGAAUUAAAUGAAACUCGAUUGUUUUACACGUAGUGGCGUGUGCGGACAUAUAUACUACGUAAAGUUAAAGGGAAUUGAUUUUUGACAUUCUUUGCAUAAGGAUAAAGAAAACGUCGUGAGAUUGUUGAUAAUUCGCUGGUAAUAUGAACGGAAAACUACUGCCACACUGUUGUAAACAAAAUUAAUGUUUAAACAGUGAAAGUGAUCCUAUUUAGAUAUGUCUAUUGGAAAUUAUCUUCUUAAGGAAUGUCAUCACAUCAUAAUGUGGUGGUUCAUGAUACUAUUGAAUAAUAUUGUUAAGAAUGACAGAAGUAGUAUCCAAAGAUUUUGGUAAGGGACAUCCUUAUCGAAAAAGAGACAUGUCAGAUUCGUCGCAACAUCAGUAUAAUCAACCUCCUCCUGAUAUUAUGCCAAAGGGGCUGGCAAUCAAUGGCAUAGGAGGAAGGUUACGCCAAUUAGAAGCCCUUUUUAUGGGUGGUCCUGUACAAGGGGAAGGAAGAACAGGACGCACAUUUUCUAUUGAGACACUUAUCGAUGUAUUACUUGUCUUAUAUGAUGAAUGUUGUAAUUCUUCCUUACGACGUGAAAAGACUGUCUCAGAUUUUAUUGAAUUUGUAAAACCAGUGGCUACUUGCAUAAAGAGUUUGCAGUUGGCACGUGAGGACUUUGAAAUACUAAAAGUUAUUGGUAGAGGUGCAUUUGGAGAAGUAUGUGUUGUAAGAAUGCGUGGUUCGGACAAAGUAUUUGCAAUGAAAAUUUUGAACAAGUGGGAAAUGCUAAAGCGCGCAGAAACUGCGUACUUCAGAGAGGAGCGAGAUGUACUGGUGUACGGUGAUCGUAGAUGGAUUACAAAUCUCCAUUAUGCCUUUCAAGAUGACAAUAAUUUGUAUUUGGUCAUGGAUUAUUACUGUGGCGGAGAUCUGUUGACGCUGUUAAGCAAAUUUGAGGAUCGCCUUCCAGAAGAUAUGGCUCGCUUUUAUAUAGCUGAAAUGGUUCUGGCUAUUGGGUCCAUACAUGACUUGCGUUAUGUGCACCGUGAUAUUAAACCCGAUAAUGUUCUGUUAGACGCAAAUGGUCACAUUAGAUUAGCCGAUUUUGGAUCCUGUUUACGAUUGUUUGAAGAUGGUACGGUACAAAGUAAUAUUGCUGUUGGUACACCAGAUUAUAUUUCACCAGAGAUAUUAAGGGCAAUGGAAGAUGGACAAGGACAAUAUGGACCUGAAUGUGAUUGGUGGUCUUUAGGAGUGUGCAUGUAUGAAAUGCUGUAUGGGGAAACACCUUUUUACGCGGAAUCUCUAGUCGAAACCUAUGGAAAAAUUAUGAUUCAUAAGAAUUGCUUUGACUUCCCAACGGAUGAUAUAUAUGAUGUUUCUGAAGAAGCUAAAGAUUUAAUGAGAAAAUUAAUAUGUAGCGCGGAAUUUAGAUUAGGUCAAAAUGGAAUUGACGAUUUUAAGAAACACCCAUGGUUUGAUGGAGUAAACUGGGAUACUCUUAGAGACAGUACUGCACCUUACAUUCCUGAAGUUUCCUCACCAACGGACACAUCAAAUUUCGAUGUCGAUGAUACAGAAGUUCGCAGUUCCGAUGCUGUUCCACCAGCAGCGAAUUCUGCAUUUUCUGCACUUCAUUUACCAUUUGUUGGCUUCAGUUUUACCCAAGGAAGUUGCAUAUCGGAUUUGGGUUGUUUGCCUGCUGUAACUCAAAAGGAUAAGCGCGUGCAGUUGCUCGAAGAAGAAAACGCUCAGUUAACGCAAACCCUUGAGGAGUUAAAGAAGCAAAUUAAUACAAGUCAUUCUCCAACUGGAAUAUCACCAGAUUCUAAUAAUGCAACAAGAAAACUUCAGGAUGAAAUAAAUACACUUACCAAACGCAACUGUGAGCUAGAGUCACAAUUAAAGUCUAUGGAGGUUCCACGCGAAUUACGUAAUCUUGACAACGGCGAUAUGACAAAACUACGAGAAUUAGAAAAGUUAGUGCGCUCCCUUCGAUCAGAAAAGGAGGAAGCUGUCAAAGAUAAGUUGGACGCGCAAGAGAAGCUUAAGCUUCAGGAUAAAGAAUUAAAGGACGCGUUGACGCAACGUAAACUGGCGAUGGCUGAAUACACAGAAGUCACGGACAAACUAUCAGAAUUGAGACAACAAAAGCAAAAGUUGUCUAGACAAGUUCGAGACAAAGAAGAAGAAUUAGAAGUUGUAAUGCAAAAGGUUGAUAGCUUGCGACACGACAUUCGGAAAGCUGAGAAGUUACGGAGAGAACUAGAAAAUCGAGUGGAAGAGGCAAUGGCAGAAACAAGUAAGGAAAGGAAGUUACGAGAGCGUAGCGAAGAGUAUUGUAAACAAAUGCAAGAGGAGACUGAAAAAAUUAGGCAAAGAUCCAUGGGGAAUGACGUAAGUGCGAAUCAUGCGUUAGCGACGCAAGAAAUCAAUAGGUUAAAAGCUGAAGUAGAGAAACUUGAGGUUCAAUACAAUGAAAACAUGAAUCAACAACAGAGUAGGUUCAAUCUCGAGAUCCGCAGUCUUCAAGAACAAUUACACGAGACCGAAACAAGACGAGAUUUAUUGGAAAGGGAAGUUCAAUUAACAAAAGAAAAGUUGGAUGCUGCAAGGUUGGAGAAUAUUACCGAUAGCGAAGAAACCAUAAAUGAAUUGAACAGACGUCACGAAAGAGAAAAAAUUAUGCUAGUCGAAGAGAACAAAAAACUAAUGUUAGAACUUAACACUCUUACUGACAGUGUUAACAGAAUACAAGGCGAAAGGCGACAGUUAGAAGAAGAAUAUGAAGAAUUAAGGAAUAAGAAAGAAGCGAUCGCACAAUGGGAAGCUCAGAUUACUGAAAUCAUUCAAUGGGUAUCCGACGAAAAAGACGCAAGAGGAUAUUUACAGGCCUUGGCGACAAAAAUGACAGAAGAAUUAGAAUUUUUGAAACACUCUGGUGGCGUGGGUGGUGUUGGAAGUGGUUCUACAAUGGCAGAUAAAAACUGGCGAAAUCGUAGAUCGCAAAAGCUUGACAAAAUGGAACUUCUUAACCUUCAAAGUUCUUUACAAAGUGAAAUACAAGCCAAACAAGCAAUAUCCGAAGAGCUUACGAAGACUCGUUCGGAUUUGAUUGCUUCACAGAAGGAACUAAGAGACUUUCGACAACGGUUCGAUACACUCACGCAUGAGAUAAAACGCAAAGAAAUGCAAAUAAAAGAGUUACAAGCAAGACUUGACACAGGCGACGGCUCUGUCCUAUCCAGCAAAACGUCAAGCAAAUCUCCAAACAUCGUUAGCACCAAACCCCAACGCAUCAUCGUACAUCAGCCGUCGUCACCCCUACCAGUAAUGCGUGCUCCCCGCGUCACGACAUGUCGCUUAUUAACUAGAUUCGUUCCCGUCAACACAUUCAUCAGUCAGAAUGCCGUCGCCAUCGUAUCGCCACCUGUUUUAGAACGUCCUACAUCUCAAAUGUCAUAUUUGGAACAUUUUUUGAAAGAAACAGCAAGCAGUACGCGUCAUGGAAGUGCAGAUAGCGUAGAAGCUGAUAUUGAGGAUAAUCGUGCACCAAGUAUUUCCAGCAGUAAAAGUAAUUUGUCCGAACUUAGCAUUGAUCCAACAUCACCGUUAUCUCAUGAACUACUGAAUAAAUCGUCGGUGCCUCAUGGGCAACCCAAUCUUCAACCAAAACCAAAAUCGCAUCAAUUUUUAGUACGAACAUUCUCUGCACCUACAAAAUGUAACCAUUGCACUUCGUUGAUGGUGGGUUUAACAAGGCAAGGAGUAGUAUGCGAAGUUUGCGGCUUUGCAUGCCACAUGCCCUGUUGCGAUAAAGUUCCACCAAUGUGUCCUGUGCCCCAUGAUCAAACGAAACGGCCACUGGGUAUUGAUCCCACACGGGGUAUAGGUACAGCUUACGAAGGGUAUGUCAAAGUGCCAAAAAUGGGUGGAGUUAAAAAGGGUUGGGUUCGUCAAUUCGUGGUCGUUUGCGACUUCAAAUUAUUUCUUUACGACAUUUCACCAGAUCGUAAUGCAUUGCCAUCUGUGUAUGUGUCACAAGUCUUAGACAUGCGGGAUGAAGAAUUUAGCGUUAGUUCCGUUCGAGAUUCGGAUGUCAUACACGCUACGAAGAAAGACAUUCCGUGCAUAUUUAGGAUAACAACAUCUUUACUAGAACCGCCUGGUUUAAGGAAUCACACGUUAAUGCUUGCAGACACUGAAAGUGAGAAAACAAAGUGGGUAGUUGCUUUGAGUGAACUGCAUAGAAUACUAAAGAAAAACAAUCUUCCUAAUACAACGAUUUUUAGAGCAAAAGAAUUAUUAGAUAAUACAUUGGCGCUCAUUAAAAAUGUGAUGUCAGGAGCAAUUAUUGAUCCAGAUCGUCUAGUCAUUGGCACAGAAGAAGGUCUCUUCUGUUUAGAUUUAGAUCGUAGUGAAAUUGCAAGAGUUGGAGAAGGCAAGAAAAUAUACUUAUUGGAAUAUGUAACAGAAGAACAAUUAAUUGUAGUUUUAAGUGGAAAACAACGUCAUGUACGGCUGGUUCCAGUACGUGCAUUAGAUGGAGAUGAAGUUGAAUGGAUUAAAGUUGCAGAAACUAAAGGAUGUAUCACUCUAACAACGGGUGUAGUACGUCGUAGUCCGUUAACAUAUUGUUUGUGUGUCGCCAUAAAGAAGCAGAAUGCAUCACAAGUAAUUAUCUAUGAAAUAACACGUAUGAAAACACGUCAUAAACGUAUACGUGAAUUAAUGUUACCAUGCCACGCACAAACUUUACAAGUUCUCUCUGAAGGUCGCUUCUGUGUCGGAUAUCCUUCCGGCUUUUCCAUCUACAGCAUUUUAGGAGACCAUCACCCUAUUUCAUUGGUCCAUUCUGAGAAUACACUCUUAGGUUUUCUCACGUACAGUGCUGUGGAUGCUUUACGUUGCAUUGAAUUACCACGUGGUGAAUUCUUAUUAGUCUUCCAUACAUUGGCAGUAUAUGUCGACAGCCAAGGCAGAAAGAGCCGAGAUCGUGAAAUUAUGUAUCCUGCUGUUCCUACAGCAGUUAGCUACUGUGAAGGUUACUUACUAGUUUAUAGUGAGACUCACAUCGACGUGUUUGAUUGUACAACUGGAGACUGGUUGCAAACACUCAACGUAAAACGAGCACGACCACUGAACACUUCCGGUUCUUUAACGUCGUGUGCCAUUAACGAUAUGCCGCAUGUUAUUUUUCUGAGCAAUUUACACCAACGAGAAUUACUCAAUUUAACACCACUAGACGCAAGCGGUAGACAAAUGACAAGACCGCGACGAAGAUUUUCAUUAAGAGAAGGAAACAGGGCUGUUCGCCCUACAGACAGACGCUCUAAAAUGAUAUCUGCUCCGACGAAUUUUAAUCAUAUCAGUCACAUGGGUCCAGGUAAUGGAAUACAGAUACAGCGAUUACUAGAUUUGCCUACAACACUCGAAACAGCCGAUCAGCAACACAGUGGUCAUCACAGUACUUCUCAUCUUCACAGUGGUCAACAAAGAACAGGAUUAUACGGUCCUGCAUAUCAAACGCCAAGCAAACCAGCGCCGUUACCUCCCAGGCACCCUCCUUCUGAUACGCGACGACUAAGUUCUCAUAUAUCUAGAAAUUCUGGAUACUCUCCGCAUAAUGGCUCAACAUCAUCACGUAGAGGACCGGCACCUCCACGGCCAACUGCUACUCCACCUUCGUUACCACGUACUCCUGUGGACCAAGUUGAUUCAGAAUCCGUACAUCUACGAUCACAUACUCCACUAUCUCUUGGUAGUAUCGCAUCUUUACACGACAAGGAACACACCUCUGGUGGUAGUCCUAGACAUUCAAUAGCUUCAAACAACAGUUCAAAUCCAUCGACGCCUCCAAGUCCCGCUCACGAUCACGGUUCGUCUUCGUAUGAUUCGUAAAAAAUUGAACACUUUUAACGAUACGGAUAUAAGUUACUGUAAUCGUGUGAUAGGAUUACAGUAUUUAUGGUAAUAUCUUUACGCAAAACGACAUUCGUGUUUGUUUUUUUUCAGCUGGAAAGUUAUCGCAUUUCUUUCUUCUUCCUCCAAUUUUUGUGCAAUAAAUUUCUCAAUAUUGUGCAUUUCGCUAAAGCAUAUUAAAAAUGUACAACUAAAAGCAUAAUAUUUUUUAUGUACAGCUGGAUCGAGAAGUUGCACAUUUUAAGAUCUGAUGAAUACGUUAUUUUAAGUUGAAUUUUGACUAUGCAUUGCAAUAACUUUCUGGUAAUCGAGAAUUUAUGCAUAAUAAGUUAUAUACUUAACAAGGCAAUUUAUAAUUAAUAUAAUGAUAAAUUAUUGUAAAUAAUUUGUGUUUGAAGAUCAACGAGCCAGCUUUACGAUGCCAUAUAUUACCGAAGUAGGUAUCGUUUCUUUCGUUUCUUCUUGAAUUUUAAUGCAGAUUUUGUAUGCAUAAUUUUAAUUUUUAAUCAUUGCGACUAACUUUCUUAAAUUUAACGAAAUCGAAAUCUCAGUCAAAUUAUCUAGCAAUAAAAGAAUUAAUCUACUUAAUCUAUCGUACCUACUUUUGAAUCUAGGUAUAAAAGAAUAGUUUCGAGUAAAUUAUAUACUUAAUCAUUCUUAGCAGCAUAACGAAUUUCGAAAGAUGUGAAUCGAUCUGAUGCCUUAUGACUAAAUAUUUUCUAUUGCGUCAUAAUGCAGUAAGGUGCAUCAUAUUAUUCAGCGUGUGAAUAAUAGAAUAAUCGUGCAAUGUAUCGGAAGCUCCUGCUGAUAAUAGAUAGUCAUUAAGCAAGGUGGCUAUACAUUUUUACACAAACAAACGAGUAUUAUAACAACAGUAAAGAAGCGAUGUUGAACAUUGAUUUAUCCUUACUGCAACGAAAAAAUUUUGUUUCUCUUAUAAAUGUACGGUUUUCGCUAUCAUUAAUCAGCAAGUAAUAUUAUAAAAAUUUAUUUAACAGAAAAAAUAAUACGUUGAUCAAGUAUGGGAUACAAGUGUAGCGCAUAACGACUGACAACAGUAUCGAAAACUAAACAAAGAUUAUAAUUAUACCGCUUAGUUCGAACCAGAUAAUCUUUUUGCAAGUGUUUUAAGACGGUACCAUAAAUGCCAUACGAUACUACAGCACCUUUAUUACUUUUAUAUUAAAACAUUUAAAAAUUAACUAAUCCAAAAAAAUUACAUGUUACUUUUAAAUUGUAGUGACUACCUAACGGUUAAUCAGUUGCAUUCAAUUCGUUUUAUAGAUGUAAGACUAGAGCGAACAAGAAUGAAAUUCCAACAAAUACACAGACAUCAUACAAAUUUUAUAUGUUUUAAUGUAUAAAAUAUAUACAGUUUUCAUGUACAUUUAUAAAAAUUUGCUAACUAUACUAGAAGAAAAGAGUUGGUAAAACAAAAAUAUCUGUCUCAGGAUUCUAUGCCAGUAGUUGAAAAUAUGGAAUAACAUUUAAUGGUCAAGAAUCCCGAGUUGCUUGAUUAUACAAAACGUUACGGGGAUUGAAUGUAGUUCUUUGGCUUAAAGUGUUUGGGCAUGUCGUACAGUUGUAUGAAGAGCCAAUGAUUAAUACAGUAUCACUUCAACUGUUAAAUACACAAAAAUGAAAUAUGUGUAAAAAAUAAUAAUUCUGAAUUUAAACCUUGCAUUUGAAAUUUUCAUAUAUUUAUAACGAAUUUUAACGGAAAAAGUUUAGAAGCUAUCGAAAAUUUUAUGGAAUAUUGAAAAUGUUACUGGUAAAAAUAUUGACACAUUACAUUCCGUGUAAUUCAAUUUUUUAUUUUCGUAAAACCACGUCGAAUACGUAUAAAAAAACCGAAGUUCCAACUCUUUGAAAAUAAAGUCAUCGUUGAUAGACAACAAUGUUAACAUAAUGCAACUACAAUAUGAAUAAUAAUACCAAAAAAGAAAAACCAUGAAACGUCGUCUUCAUCAGAUUUGUAUAAUGGUAAGACACGAGAAUAUAUAUUAUAAAUAAAGUAUAUAUAUAUAUAUAUAUAUAUAUUAUAUAUAUCGACGCAAUAGGUUUGACAUUCUUAUAUUACAGUAUAGACGAAACCGUUAAUAGAAGAAACGUGUUAAUGUUAUCGAACAAAGAAAUAAUAGUACAGGUAUUGCUGUCCGUAUCGGAAUAAAAUAAAAGUUUAAAAAAUGAGUUCUAGAACUAUUCUAGACGUGUAAUCGAGGUAUGUUUAUAAAUUAUAGUAACGUACGUGUUAUUGUACUUACCAACGGAAAUCAAUCAUUUUCGCCUAUCUUUCGCCAUUGUUACUUAAGGGUUCUAAAAUCAAAGACGCAUCUGUUUGUCUUAUGUUGCCUUGUCUUCGAACCAAGUCUUGUCUAUAGAUAAUAACAUACGAAGAAAUAGUCACUUUGUAUAGCAUUGAUUUUAUAUUUUUGUAAAUAAUUAAAUUUCUAAAUAAGCUCGCAAUUUCAACUUGAUUUUAGAUCCUUUAAUUCUUCUUGUACUUUUUUUUUCUUUUGUUUGGCGUGCACAUACAUAUACACGAAACCGAAAAUUUUAAGUACAUCUUUUGUAAUAUGUAAAAAAAAAAGAACAACUGCGCAAUAAUUAUGCUUUCUUUUUAUGCGUAAUCAAAAUAUACGACCGGCAUUCUGCACGAUAAUAGAACGAUAAAACGUAUCCAUACAUAGAUUGUAUGAUUCGAUAGUUUACUUUUUUACGAACUGUUAGAAUACUUUUCUGUAACCGUUAAUAAUGAUUUAUAAUAUCCCAUUGGUUUAGUACCAGUGCAUGUAAUGACCUGACUAUUAAUCAUCUUUUUUUUCUAGCAACUUAGUUUAGUGUAUUCUAUAUUAUGAACUUAUUUAUAACUAAUAUGUGCAUUAUUUACGAUAUUUAUUAAAAACAAUUGCAAGCAACUAUUCGCAUUUUAAAUGGAGAAUUGUAUUUCGUUGUAAAUUAUUAAGAACGCGCUGUUACAGUGAGAAGAAAGACCAAACUUUUAUGUUUAUAAGAUAUAACCUCAUAAAGAAUGAGUUUUGUAGAUUUGCUAAUAUUUAUAUUUUUUAUGUCUUACAUAAUUUUGUUUCAUGCAAAAAUCUUCAACAAUCGUGGGAGAAUAUAUACAUUCUUUUCUAAAAUUCAUUGUUCACUGACAUAUAAGGAAACAAUACAAUUUUCUUGUGUAUAGGAAAUAUAUUAAUAAACUAAAAAGCUUGUACGUAUCAUAAAUUAUUUGUGAAUACAAUUUGUUUACUGGUUAAAAGUAUUACGCGCUAAUGACGGAACAUUGAAUGAAUUAUAGUAUGAUAAAGAAUAUAACCAUAAAAAAUGUAUUGACUGACUGAUGCAGUUUGUAAUUCAUGUAGGAUAUCCUUUAUCUUUAGUUGUUACUGCAAUGAAUAAGGCAAAUGGUAGUUAUUAGAAUUUUUAUUAUUUAAAAAGAAACCAUUAACAGUAAGAAGAAAUUCCCUAUCAAAACAACAAACUGAAACGUCAUUAUAAAAAAGAUCAUUUAGAAAGUUACACAAGCUUUGUACUUAUACUGUAUAUUGUGCUUUGUAUUACUUUAUUAUUUUAGUAUGCUAUUUCUAUAUCGCGAAGUAAUCCAUUCUAUGACGUUAUAUUCGUAAUUAGCAUAACCGUCAGUAAGGAAUAUACAACUUAAUAUGCUUUCAUCUAUAAGAUAUUGGUAUUGACUAAUCGUUUUCCAUACCGUUUUCGCAAAUAUAAUACAUAUUACUUACACUGGUAAGAAAUUUUGUUUAAAUAUACCGCACAGAAGCAUAUAAGUUUAGAUUUAUAAACUUUAUUAUGUUGUAUACAUUAACAUACUAAAUAAUUUCAGUAUUCCAAACUAACUCUAAAUUUUAUCUUAAAAGGGAUUUUCGUAUAAUGUAAUUAUUUAAAUAAAAUGUACUUAAUAUUUUC